GUGGCGGCCCCCAGCCAGAGCGCAUGCGCGGCGGUCCCGCUUGCCGUGCAUAGAGAUAAUAAAAGUAAAGAGGCGAGGGAGGUAUAGAGAUAAGGAAAGGAUAGAGCCGCCGCGACUCUCGGCUUCUAAUAUGUCCUGAUACUCUAGCAACACGCUGUAGAGAAGCCGAGGCUUGAGGAUCCUGCCGUGCAAACAAUCGUGGCAUUCUUUCGUCCACCGCCCUCGAAAUUUCCUCUCCGUGUGUCACUCUCGACUUUUUUCUUUAUCUAUGUGCACAGGGUUUGCGCAGGUUGCAGGCCGCUUAAGGGUGGCUGUUGUGCCGUGCGCUGUCUGACCCUUGGCAGCGUUGGGCACGAUUAAGCUCAUGUAGGCAUUGCCAGCCAGGACAUCUUGAAUUAAUCUUGCACAUGAGACUCUUAAGCUGUGACACAUUUGGGGUACUCUUACGGAAUUUCUGAAUCAGCCCCCCUCGCAGCUGGACUUCAGAGGAUUAAACCUUGCUGUUCAAAGAUGCCUGAAAUAAAAGUCACUCCCUUGGGAGCUGGGCAAGAUGUGGGCCGAAGCUGCAUCCUCGUGUCCAUCGGAGGGAAAAACGUCAUGUUGGAUUGUGGCAUGCACAUGGGUUAUAAUGACGAUAGACGAUUUCCUGACUUUUCCUACAUCACACAGAAUGGGAGGCUGACUGACUUCCUGGACUGUGUAAUCAUCAGCCAUUUCCAUUUGGACCACUGUGGGGCCCUUCCGUACUUCAGCGAGAUGGUUGGCUACGAUGGGCCCAUUUACAUGACCCACCCAACCAAGGCCAUCUGCCCCAUCCUCCUGGAGGACUUCAGGAAGAUCACCGUGGACAAGAAAGGGGAGACCAACUUCUUCACCUCCCAGAUGAUCAAAGACUGCAUGAAGAAGGUGGUGGCUGUCCAUCUUCAUCAGACCGUCCAGGUGGACGACGAGUUGGAGAUUAAGGCUUAUUAUGCAGGUCACGUGCUUGGAGCGGCCAUGUUCCAGAUUAAAGUUGGCUGCGAGUCCGUGGUUUACACUGGGGACUACAACAUGACUCCAGACAGGCACUUGGGAGCCGCCUGGAUUGACAAGUGCCGUCCCGAUCUGCUCAUUUCCGAGUCCACCUACGCCACAACCAUUAGAGACUCCAAACGCUGCAGGGAGCGGGACUUCCUGAAGAAGGUCCACGAAGCCAUCGAACGGGGAGGGAAGGUCCUGAUCCCUGUAUUCGCUCUGGGACGCGCUCAGGAGCUCUGCAUUUUAUUGGAGACUUUCUGGGAACGAAUGAACUUAAAGGCCCCCAUUUACUUCUCAACGGGUCUGACAGAAAAGGCCAAUCACUAUUACAAGCUCUUCAUCACAUGGACUAAUCAGAAGAUCCGGAAGACAUUUGUCCAGAGGAACAUGUUUGAGUUCAAACACAUCAAGGCCUUUGAUAGGGCCUACGCUGACAACCCUGGGCCAAUGGUGGUGUUUGCCACACCAGGAAUGCUUCAUGCUGGGCAGUCCCUACAGAUCUUCAAGAAAUGGUCUGGCAAUGAGAAGAAUAUGGUCAUCAUGCCAGGAUACUGUGUGCAAGGGACCGUGGGCCAUAAAAUCUUGGGCGGUCAGCGGAAGCUGGAAAUGGAAGGACGACAAAUUUUGGAAGUGAAGAUGCAAGUGGAAUACAUGUCCUUCAGCGCCCACGCCGACGCCAAAGGAAUCAUGCAGCUCAUCCGCCAAGCUGAGCCACGAAACGUCCUCCUGGUCCACGGAGAGGCGAAGAAGAUGGAGUUCCUGAAGCAGAAGAUCGAGCAGGAAUUCCAUGUUAACUGCCACAUGCCCGCAAACGGAGAGACGGUAGCCAUUUUCACCAACCCCAACAUCCCUGUGGAUGUCUCCCUCGGGCUGCUGAAGCGAGAGCUUGCUAUCGCUCCCCUGCCAGACUCCAAGAGGCCAAAGAUCAUGCACGGAACCCUCAUCAUAAAGGACAAUCAGAGUUUCCGCCUGGUCUCUCCUGAGCAAGCGCUCAAAGAGCUGGGCCUGGGGGAGCACCAGCUGAGGUUCACCUGCCGGAUCCACUUCCAGGACCCCCGCAAGGAGCACGAGACGGGGCUGCGUGUGUACAACCACCUCAAGAGCUUCCUGAAGGAUUAUUCUGUUCAGCACCUCUCCGACACCUCCAUAAUGGUGGAGUCCAUCCUGAUCCAAGUUACGGUCCAGUCAGAAGAUCCGGCUACUAAACUUCUGCUGGUGUCUUGGACGUACCAGGAUGAAGAAAUGGGGAGCCACGUGACCUCCCUGCUGAAGAAGGCACUGCCCCAAAUCACGGCAUGAGACCUCCGAAGUUAAAACAGCAGAAAGGACACUGUAAAUACUUAAGUUGGGUGUUUUCUUUUUUAAAAAAUAAAAGACAACUGUCUUCAAA